CUCUUGAACCAGGUGCUGUCGCUGUUGAUGCUGGUAUGCCAUUCUGCUGCUCUUUAUUCAGAUGAGACCCAUCUGGGCAGCAGUUUCUUGCCUGACUAUGAAUCUGACCAUGAGGAUGUUGUUGACUCUUCACAAGAUGCAAGGCUGCAUGUUUUCACAUUUGAUUAUGCUUACGUGCAAAUUCCUUGUGAAGUUACUCUUUGGAUACUCCUUGCCUCUCUUGCAAAAAUAGGUUUCCAUCUCUAUCACCGAUUACCAAAACUCAUGCCUGAAAGUUGUGUCCUGAUUGUCAUUGGAGCASUAGUUGGAGCGAUCAUUUUUGUCACCGAUCAUAAAUCCCCCCCAGUGAUGAACACGAGCAUUUACUUCCUGUAUCUCCUUCCACCUAUUGUUCUGGAGGAGGGUUAUUUCAUGCCAACUCGCCCGUUUUUUGAAAACCUUGCAUCCAUUUUAUGGUGGUCUGUGCUGGGCUCUCUCCUGAACUCCUUUGGGAUUGGCCUCUCCCUCUAUGGAAUCUGCCAGAUAGAAGCCUUUGGCCUGACCGACCUCAACCUGCUGCAGAACUUACUCUUCGGCAGCAUGAUCUCAGCUGUUGAUCCCGUGGCAGCUCUGGAAGUUUUUGAAGAGGCCUCAGUUAAUGAGCAACUUCAUAUGAUGAUUUUUGGAGAGUCAUUGCUAAAUGAUGGCAUAACUGUGGUGUUAUACAACAUCUUCAUCGCCUUCACUCAGAUGCACAGAUAUGAAGAGAUUGAAUCCAUCGAUAUUCUUGCUGGCUUUGCUCGGUUCUUUGUGGUUGGGCUCGGUGGUGUGUUCUUUGGCAUUGUCUUCGGAUUUGUUUCAGCGUUCAUGACUCGGUUCACCCACAACAUUUCUGCUAUCGAACCCCUGCUAGUCUUCAUGUUCAGCUAUCUAUCAUACCUGUCUGCUGAAAUCCUUUACAUCUCAGGCAUUUUGGCGAUGACAGCAUGUGCAGUGACUAUGAAAAAAUAUGUGGAGGAAAAUGUUUCCCAGAAUUCCUACACAACAAUAAAAUAUUUCAUGAAGAUGCUAAGUAGCGUCAGCGAGACAAUGAUUUUCAUGUUCAUGGGAGUGUCAACAGUUGGGAAGAACCACGAGUGGAACUGGGCCUUCAUUUGCUUCACCUUGCUUUUCUGCCUCAUUUGGCGGGCACUGAGUGUAUUUGCUCUCUUCUACAUCAGUAACAAAUUCCGAACAUAUCCCUUCACCUUCAAAGACCAGCUCAUUAUUUCCUACAGCGGCCUUCGGGGAGCCAGUAGCUUCUCUCUUGCAUUCCUGCUUCCAGUGCAUCUCUUCCCUAGAAAAAACUUGUUCAUUACCUCUACUCUGGUAGUUACAUACUUUACUGUGUUCCUCCAGGGAAUCACAAUUGGUCCACUGGUCAGAUAUCUAGAUGUUAGAAAGACCAACAAAAAGGAGUCCAUCAAUGAAGAAAUUCAUGUGCGACUGAUGGAUCACUUGAAGGCUGGUAUUGAAGACAUAUGUGGACACUGGAGUCACUAUCAACUGAGAGAUAAAUUUAAGAAGUUUGACAAUAGGUAUCUGAAGAAAAUCCUAAUUCGGGAACAUCUGCCCAAAUCCAGCAUUGUGUCAUUGUACAAAAAGUUGGAGAUAAAAAUGGCCAUUGAGAUGGCUGAGAGUGGCAUGAUAAGUUCAAUAAGUUCAACAACACCCUCAACUUCUUCACAGAGUGGCAGAAACCAGCACACUCACUGGCUCUCACGCACAGAGGUGCUGUCCAUGAGGGAUGUCCUGGCACAUAAUCUCUACCAAGUGCGACAGAGGGCACCAUCAUAUAGCCGGCACAACCUGUCUAYGGACACAAGUGAGAAACAAGCUCAAGAAAUCCUCAUCCGUCGGCAGCAUAGCCUGAGGCAGAGUUGCAGGAAAGGAAACAGCCUGCCUUGGGGUAGACCGGCUGGCACGGAGGCUGUACGCUACCUUUCGCUGCCACAUGGCUCCCGUCAGCCUGCCAGGCGAAAACCCAGGCGUGUGACUUUUAGAGAUUAUYGUAGUGGGGACUCUGAUUGCAUGCUCCCAGCAACAUUCAAACCCCAGCCCCRUCUACGACCCCUUGAAGUGAAGUACCGCCAGGAAGAGCUUAUUCCAAUGGCACGGUUAGAUAGACUUGCCGGUUCCUCCAAUCUGUCAGGUCGACGAGGAAAAUCAAUCACCAGAGUAGACACUCUAAAGCCAAAACCUCGAUUCACUUUGGGGGAAGUAAAAGAGUAUGAGUCAGAAGAAGAGACAGAAAUAAUGGCACCAGCCAGGCCAUUAGACAUAUGA